AUGGAUACUGAGACGGAGCCGCUUCGUGUCAAGGCCACGGGAUUUAAGAGGCGCCACUAUGUGAAGCUCUCGGCGCUCCGCCGGUCCCCCGAGCCCAAGCGACCGCCGGGCAGCAUGGCGGAUGCCCCGCUGGUGCCGCGGACGGCCAGCGGAGGCGGUGGCAGCGGAGCAGUGGAUGGGGGCGGCGGAGGUGCGGGGUUGGGGGGAGCCGACAAAGAGGGCGACCAGGCGUCGCGGAGCGCGUGUCCGUUUGUGACGCCGACACUGGCGUUUCUGGUGGCUCGGCGGCGCGCGGUGCUGGUGUGCGCGUCGGCGCUGUGCGCAGCGGUGGCGGCGGGGCUGUUCUGCCUGGUGUACUUCCUCCACCUCGCCUCCUACCAGGUGCCGUCACUGCGCGCACGGGCUCCGUCCGAGGGGGCUGGCCAACAAGGUUGGGGCAUGAAGGGGUUGGGAGAAAGGGGUUUGGUCGAUGCAUCGCUGUCAUCGCAGUGUGCGCUGUGGGCGCACGAGUUGGGCAGUGCACUGCAAGCAUCGCUGGGGGGGGUGCGCGAGCUGGGAGACACGCUCACAGUGCUGCACGCGGCAGUGGACCAGGCGGCGUUCAUGCGCCUGGUGGCCUCCACGGAUUACACGCGCCCGCUGCUCGCCUUCCCUCCCCCGCCCCCUCGCGCCGCUGCAGCAGAGGCGGGGGCGAGUGGGUGGGGGCAGGGGGCGAGCGCCAUGGGGUACGCGCUCUCCCUCAACCACUCCUCGCGCGCCGCCAUCCAGAACAGCUUCCUCAAUGCCACCUGCAUCUGGAAUGUGAGUGGAGAGUGCGCGCCUCAGCAGCAGCACUACCUGCCGCUGCUCCACUACUCGCCCACCCUCGCCACCAUCCUCUCCCACCUCGCCACCCCCAACAGCAGCACAAGUGGCGUGGGGGCGGCAUAUGUGGGACUGGACAUGCUUUCUGUCCCCCAGCUCGGCCCCGCUGUUGCCCUCUCAGCGCUCUCCGCCCUCUCUGCCAGCCUGCCCUGCACCCUCUCCCCACCCUUCGCCCCUCUCUUCCCCUUCCCUGACAACUCCACCUCCGCGCCCACCUCGGCCCCCUCACCCACCGCCAUCACCCCCUCCUCCUCUUCGACCACCAGCAGCGGCAGCAGCAACCAGUCGAGGUCGUUCCCUGCCAAUACAAUUUUCUCCUCAUCGUUGGCAACAGCAGCAGCAGAAGCAGCAGCAGCUGAGUCGCCAGUGGAGCAGCAGCAGAGAGCAGUGGUGGCAUCAGUGCCCGUGUAUGGACGAGCCGUGCCGCCCAAUGCCACUUCAGACGAGAUGCAGGCAGCAGUGAUAGGAUUCGCGUUUGCAGUGGCUGACAUGCAGCUCGCUCUCUCUCAGCUCUCUCAGGCGCCAUCCAGCAGCAGCAGCAGCUGUGGGUCAGCGGCGCUGCAGCUGCAGUUGCAGGACACCACGGCCCCCACCACCACGCUGGUCCUCGCCCAGUAUCCCCCGCUGCAGCCCCCCGCCGUGCCUGAGGCGCCCUCGUCCUUCCCUGCAGCACACGCCGUGCCUCUCCCUGCAGUGGGUCGCCAGUAUACCCUCGCCUGCAGGUACCACCGCCCCGCACCCUGCUCUGCCUUGCUCCGCUCCGCUCUCUGCUCUUUACCUCUGCCUCCCUCUCUUUCUCUUCCUCACACCUGCAACAUCCCCUCCGCGCCCCUUCCUUCCCCCCUCCUGUUUUUCAUAAUCAUUCUGCCCCUCUUCCCCCCUCCCUGCACCUUGCCCCAUGGUCUGUGUCCCGUGUGUCCCCUGCGUGUCCGUGGGCGCAGGUACCAGUCACGGCCGUUCCCCUACAUGGCGGUGGUGUGGCCGUGUGUGGCGGUGGCGGGGGCGGCGCUGGUGGUGGCGGUGGUGUACGUGGUGGCGUACGAGGUGGUGCGCGUGGAGGGCGACCUGCAGCGCAUGGUGGCGCUCAAGGAGCAGAUGCGCGCCGCCAAGGUGGCUGCGGAGGCCGCCAGCCGCGCCAAGGGCACCUUCCUCGCCACCAUGAGCCACGAGAUCCGCACUCCCAUGAACGGCGUCAUCGGCAUGCUGAACCUGCUGCUGCAGACGCCGCUGGACGCGGUGCAGCUGGACUACGUGGAGACGGCGCGCACCAGCGGCAGGGCGCUCUGCUCCCUCAUCAACGACAUCCUCGACCUCUCCAAGAUCGAGGCGGGGCGGAUGGAGCUGGAGAGCAUGAGGGUGGACGUGAGGGCGGAGAUAGACGACGUGCUCAGCAUGUUUGUGGAGCGCACGCGCAACAAGCCGCAGGUCGAGGUGGCGGCACUCGUGCACGACGCCGUGCCCACGUUUGUGCUGGGCGACGCGCUGCGGCUGCGGCAGGUGCUGAUCAACCUGCUGUCCAACAGCUGCAAGUUCACGGCCCGCGGCCACGUGCUCAUCACCGUGCGCACCGCCGCCCCCCAUGACGACCUCGCCGUCCCCGGCGCCCACUUUGCCGACGCCCGCUCCCUCGCCCGCACCUCCCUUGCCGACUCCGACCGCGCUGCUCCCAGCACCAGCGCUGCUGCAGUCACUAACACGCCCGGUGCUGAUGGUGCGGGUGCAGCAGGAGGCGGGUGGAGCUCCACCCCUGCCCCUGCUGGAGGUGCUUCCGCAAGUGCAGUGAUGUCUGCGCCUGCUGCUGCUGGUGGUGCUGGCAAGUCCGUCGUGGCGCAUGCAGGUGGUGCACGGGGAGAAGUGAGCGCGGGUGCUGGGGCAGCGAGUGGUGGAGCGCCUGGAACAACAGAACUGGCAAAUGGCAGGCGAGGGGAGGGCGGAGAGGAAACCUGCAGAUUGCAUGGAGGUGACUCAGAUGCAUGGGAGGGAGAGAUACAUGGGAAAAAGGAGGAGUAUUCCGGUGAGACGGGCACAGGGGAGAUAACUGAUGGGGGCUCCUCCGCUGUCACGCGGGCUCGAGUCGAGGCGGAGGGGGAGGGGGAGGGGGGGUUUCAGAUGAGCGCAGAGACAGGCAGUGAUGGGCAGAGGCAGGGGCCGGUGCAAACGGGGCAGGCGCAAGGCAAAGAGAUGGGGCAGGGGCAGGGGCAGGGGCAGGGGCAGGGGCAGGGGCAGGGGCAGGGGCAGGGGCAGGGGCAGGGGCAGGGGCAGGGGCGGAGGGGUAGGCCGGGGGAGUUUGAGACGCUGAGUGGAGUGGAGGCGGUGGAGAGCUGCAACAGCUGGGCGCGCAUCCACGCGCUCAUGGAGCGGCCCCCCCAGGCAGGCCCGCCCCCCGGCCACCUGCAGUGCACGCCUGCUGCGCCGCACAGCAAUGGUGGGGCUGCGGGCAGGGCAGGGGAGCACGGGGGAGGUGAAGCACAGAGUGGGAUGGUGCGGCUGGUGGUGUCCGUUGAGGACACGGGGCAGGGCAUACCGUGGGCGGCGCAGCCUCGUCUGUUUCGGCCGUAUGUGCAGGCGGACAUCAGCACCACGCGCACACACGGCGGCACGGGCAUCGGCCUCUCCAUCUCGCAGCACCUCGUGGCGCUGAUGGGCGGCAAGCUGGCGUUUGUGAGCCGCCCGGGCGUGGGCACGACCUUCUUCUUUGACAUGACGCUGCCCUUUGACAACCCCCCACACCCCUCCCAUGACGCCCCCGCCGCUGCUGCCCCUGCUGCCGCCGGCAAGAGGAGAAGUGCCCCCGCACUUGCCUCUCGAGUCUCUGACCUUCAGGGGUGCACAGCGGUGGUGCUGGACGACCGGCCUGUGAGGCGCGCCGUCACAGCCACGUAUCUGCGCCGCCUCAGGCUCAACGUGCUCCUCGCACGCCGCUGGGAGGACCCCCCCCCACUCCCCGCCCUGCCGCUACCACCCUCCCCUCCUGCCCCGCCUGCUCCUGCCACUCCCCCCCAAGCUACCCCAGCCUCCCCGGGCCCACUGGCAGGGGUGGGCGUGGUGUCCCCAGCACUGCCAGGUGUGGCAGCAGGCAUCGUGGCAGCAGCAUCGCUGGCGGGGCAUGAGAGUGGUGUCACUCCCCUCUCAGGUGCCGGGCCAACUGCUGCCGCAGGAGUCAUGGCAGGCGCAGCGAGCACAGCAGCAGGCAGUGCGGGUGGCGGCGGGGCGGGGCCCCCAGCGGGCAGCGCCUUCCUGCUGGUGGACGCGGAGACGCUCGCCCGCCAUGCCCGCGCCUGGCGCCACUCGCUGCCCACGCCACCUGCACGCACGCACGAGGGCGGGCGGGGCGAGGGGGGCGAGCCUAGGGUGGGAAUGGCAGGCUUGGGCACGGGCAGGGAUGGUGAUGGGGCGGGGGGUGAUGUUGCAGGGGCGGAGGCAGAUGCAGAGGCAGGGGCAGGUGUGGGGCGUGAUGGGGCAGGUGGAGGGGAGUGCGCAGCGCCCAUUGUGAGCGCAGGCGGCGAGAGGACACCCGUCCACCCGUCGUCUCCGUGGAGGGCAGGGGAUGCGUCGCCACAGUUGUGCGCCCCCCCGGCAGCCUCUGACAGGGCUGCCACACCCCCCCUCGGCACACUCGCUUCUGCCACCCCCCCCACCCCUGCUGGCAGCGUGGAGAGCCCCGACGGCAGCAGUGGCGCUGGCAGUGACGCCAUGGGAGGUGGCGGCGGGGGAGGCAGCGGCGUGCUGACGAGCGCUGCUGCCACGGCCACUGCUGCUGCCUUCUGGACCAGCCGACAGCAGCAACAGCCGGGAGGAGUGGAGGAACAGCAGCAACAAGAGCAAGGAGGGGGGGAGCAGCCACAGCAGCAACAGCGCAUGGAGAGCCUGGCCGCCCAGGCGGGCUUCCACGCCACGCUGCUCAAACCCAUCCGCCGCGCCGCCCUCGUGGGCGCGCUGCUGCAGGCCGCCAAGCACAGCAGCGGCGGGGGCAGCAGCAGCAGUGCAGAGGGCGCAGAGGGAGGGCAGGGCACCUUGGGUAGGCGAGGGGAAGGAGGAUCUGAAGGAAGGAGAGGGACACAAGUGUCAAGUCCUGAGGAUUUCAGGGGCGUGACGGGUGGGGAGCACGAGUACGUGGUUGUGGUGGACAACGGGGCAGAGGAUGCCUGUGGGGCAGAGGAUGCCUGUGGGGCAGGUGCAGGCGAAGCAGAGAGAGUGGAUGGAGGAGCAUCUGUGGAGUCAGACAUGGCUUUCUCCCUUGUCACGCUCACGGGAAGGAGCGGAAACAAGGAGAUGCGUCUGAAGCAGGUGGAGGCAGGAGAGAGGAGUGGUGGCGAGAGGAGAGUGGCGGUGGAAGGCCGGGGUGGCAGCAGUGCGACGUUGGCGAGUCCCAGGGCGAGGAGGGUGGGUGAGGGUGCCCCACAGUCGCUGACUCAGAUGCUCACUACAGUGCUGCAUGGCAAGCACUUUCUGGUGGUGGACGACAACAUGGUGAACCGCAAGGUGAUAGCCAAGAUGCUGGAGCGCUACAAGGUGCACGUGGUGCCAGUCGUGGGGGGUGCCGUGGCCGUGGCCAAGGUGGUGCCAGGCCACGCCUUCCACUGCAUCCUCAUGGACGUCCAG